AUGGACCAGGAUAAGAUGGAAAUAGACAGUACUGAAGGCUCUAGGGGUGUUAAACGUACGGCAAGCGACGCCGGGUUCCAAUCGCAAGCCUCAAGAAAGAUACAGGCUCUGGACCAAGAUGUGGUGAAUAAGAUAGCAGCCGGCGAAAUUAUCGUCGCUCCUAUGCAUGCAUUGAAGGAAUUGAUUGAGAAUUCCGUAGAUGCUGGGGCGACCUCGGUGGAGAUUCUGGUCAAAGAUGGGGGUCUAAAACUCCUCCAGAUCACCGAUAACGGACAUGGGAUUGAUGUUAGUAGCGAAGAUCUGCCUAUUCUCUGCGAAAGGUUCACAACAUCUAAGCUCAAAACUUUUGAGGAUUUGUCCACCAUAUCUACGUAUGGUUUUCGUGGAGAGGCCUUGGCAAGCAUCAGCCAUAUUGCGCACUUGACUGUGACUACGAAGACAGCCGGCUCUAGCUGUGCAUGGAAGGCUCAUUAUCGAGAUGGAAAACUCGUGCCUGCGAAACCCGGGCACAGUGCGGAGCCAAAGCCAACCGCGGGCCGUGGUGGAACGCAGAUAACGGUGGAAGACCUGUUCUAUAAUGUGCCAACCAGGCGUCGCGCAUUCAGAUCUUCAAGUGAAGAGUACGCAAAAAUUCUGGACGUUGUUGGCCGGUAUGCCGUACAUUGUGACGGCGUUGGUUUCUCGUGCAAGAAAUAUGGCGAGUCUAGCGUCAGCAUGUCCACGGCGACAAACUCUAGCACCAUCGACCGCAUACGUCAAAUUCAUGGAAGCUCUGUAGCGAGUGAUCUCAUUUCAUUUGAUAUCAAAGACCCUGUCUUAGGACUCCAGGUCUCAGGCCUAGCAAGCAAUGCCAACUACCAUUCCAAGCGUAUCUCGAUACUCUUGUUUAUCAACCAUCGAUCUGUGGAAUCAUCUUCUAUACGAAAAGCCGUUGAACAGACUUAUUCGGCUUUUUUACCUAAAGGUGGGCAUCCUUUCGUUUAUUUGGAUAUUGAAAUUGAACCCAACAGGGUUGAUGUGAAUGUCCAUCCGACAAAACGGGAAGUCAACUUCCUUAAUGAAGACGAAGUCAUUGAAGCAAUUUGCAAUUCUAUUAAAACCGAAUUGGCCAUGGUUGAUUCUAGUCGUACCUUUAUGACGCAAACUUUACUUCCUGGGACCCGUUCGUCAGAUAUAUCUAAUACCGACGGUCCUUCUGCAUCUACGAUAGAUAGCAAAGUUCCACUACGGCAACUAGCGGGCUCCAAAAGAGUUUAUGAGAAUAAUUUAGUUCGGACGGACGCGAAAAUGCGGAAGAUUACGUCCAUGUUUCCGGUUAGUACGCCAGAUCAGAGCGAGAAGCAGCAGGCGGAACCUCAGUCAGCACAUGCCUAUCAGUAUGAACCCAGUGGUCGUGAAUCAGUCAAUAUUCGUCUUACAUCAGUAAAAAAUCUUCGCUCAGUGGUUCGUUCUAGCAUGCAUAACAAUUUAACAGAAGUAUUUGCAUCGCUGUCUUAUGUUGGGUUGGUGGACGAGCGACGUCGCAUUGCAGCAGUCCAGUCUGGUGUGAAGCUCUAUCUCGUUGAUUACGGAAUGAUCUGCAAUGAGCUGUUUUAUCAGAUUGGUCUAACAGAUUUUGGCAACUUCGGAGUAAUCAACCUAGAGUCAUCUCCUCGACUUGUUGACCUUCUCUCGCUCGCCACUGCUAUCGAACGUGAUGAACAGCAUCGACUUAACAGAGCGGAUAAAACGGAUCAACCCACUCCGCCUACGAGUUCCGAGGGCCCAGACGCUAAAGAUAUCGACUUUAGCCGAGUUCCGGAGACCAUAGCUGCUCAUCUCAUUGAGAGGAGAGAAAUGCUAAACGAAUACUUCUCAAUCUCAAUAUCGGAAGACGGAAACCUCCUAUCUAUUCCCUUGCUAUUGAAAAACUACAUGCCCUCACUUGCUAAAUUACCUCGCUUUUUACUUCGGCUUGGUCCAUACGUUGAUUGGACAAACGAAGAAGCAUGUUUCCGAUCGUUUCUUAGGGAACUCGCUGCGUUCUAUACUCCGGAGCAGCUACCUACUCCCCCAGCCAUCAACACCGUUCCAACAGACUCCAAUGACCCCAGCUCACAGCAAGAGGGAAAUAUCUCACAACAGUCAGAAACGGGGACUAGCACUAUACCCAGUUCAGAAUUAAAAGAAGAUUCAUCAAUCACCCGCCGACGAACACAAUUAGCAUGGAUGCUGGAACAUGUGCUGUUCCCAAUGAUAAGGUCGCGACUAGUAGCAACAGAAGAUUUAGUCCGAGGAGUCGUUGAAGUUGCAGAUCUCAAAGGGUUGUACAGAGUGUUUGAACGUUGUUAA